AUGACGAUGAUUCGUUCAAAGAAUUGCGCUCCGCCGCCAUUCCGGGAGCGCCCGCGCGGCACCGGCCUGGCGGGCUUUCUCGCCGGCCCCGGCACGCGGGAAUCGAAGCUUCUUCGCCGCUCGACCGUCGUCCGUGCUGCGGCUUCGGACCGCCCAAUUGCCGCCGCCGUUGCCGCGGCUUCAGGCAGCGGGUUGACUCCUGUCGCCGCCGCCGCGGCCGCCGCCAAAAUCUCCACCGCCGCCGCUGCCGCGAAAAAAACUCUGGUACGCGAACUUCCCGGACAGCAGCAACAGAAGCCGGGAGGCGCGGCGGUGGAGGAGGAAGAGAAUCUAUGGCAUAGCGUGGGGACGAGCAGCGGGAGCGUGUUUCUCGCGGAUGCCGCCAUGUGGCAGAGCGCCCUUCCCGAGCUCGACUUCACAGACGAGCGAUUCUCCGAUGACGACCAAUCGCCGAUCGCCGUCGCCGCGCCGCCGACGGUGCGCGACUACAUGACGCGCCGCCCCGUGUGCGUGCAUCCGCGCGCGUCGCUCAAGGCGGCGGCGAAGCUGAUGGCGGCGUGCGCGGUCAGCGGAGUGCCCGUGGUGGAGCCAUACGACGACGACGCGGGCGCGGGCGCUGACGGCGCGGGGCGCCUCGUGGGCGUGCUGUCGCAGCGCGACGUGCUGUGGAAGGAGACUGUGCCGUACCCUGGGGAGGACGAUCUGAUGGGCGAGCCGUACGAGGGCCCCAUGAGCCCGUCGCUGCGCGCGCAGCUGGGCAAGAUCCGCAGCCGCACCGUGGCGGACGCCAUGACCGCCCCCGCGCUCUUUGUGGAGGCUGGCGCGCUGCUGUCGGACGCCGCCACCAUCAUGAUCAACCGCAAUGUACGCCCCGCUCCGCCCUUCGUGCUCUUUCUCUUACUCUCUCGUUCGUUCUAUCUCCUGCUCUUGCAUGGGGUUUGGAUGGCAUGCUCGGCUUCUCCAUCCCUUCUCCCUCCUUCCCUCCCCCACUUCUUCCCAUCUCAUUGUCCCUCUCGUCUCCCUCUGCUGCGCUCUGCAUCGGCUGUGGUUGCUGCUCUCCUUCUCUCCUGCUCUCAGUUGUACGCUGUGGUUGCUGCUCUCUCCACCGCCCGCUGCUGCUGCUGCGACUUAUUUGCAAUUUCCACUGUCUUCUGA